UUUACAAUUACGGUACGACCUUAGUUGGUUUUAUUUGAUUUUGGGCAUUAUAAUGAUAAGGUAGAAACAAACGUGAAGCAGCAUAGGAUAUCCACGUUUAAAAUUAUUUUAAAAUUUAAAAACAUAUGUUUAAAGUAAAUAAAUUGCUGAAUAAUGUUAAAUAUGAUUUACGAAAACUUUCAACACAAAACCUUUCUGUUCCUGAAAUUACUGUCACUCGUAGAAUAACUCAAGAAGAUCUAAAUUCUUUUUCAUCUCUUUGUGGAGACUCGAACAUCAUUCAUUCUGAGGACAUCCCAGAAGAAGAACGUUAUGUUCACGGAGCGUUUUUAAAUAGUUUAAUUUCUGGGAUUAUGGGUUCUAAAAUUCCAGGUCCUGGAAGUAUUGUUGUAUCACAAAAAUUUAAAUUUCCACGCAAAUGUAGAAUCAAUCAGGAUAUAGAAUUAAAUGUUAAACUAAUAGAUAAUCGUAAAAUAAUGAAAACGGUGUACCACAUUAAGCAAGCUAAUAAUAUUGUAUUUCAAGGAGAAGCAAGUCUUAUAAGAUUAUCAUCAUUGUCAAAGAAUCAACAAUAAAAAUCAAAUAUGUUGCUUAAUAAAAUUUUAAGUAGUUUAUUAAAUUGUAAAAAAUGAAUUAAACAUAUUUACUCUCUAAAUUAAAAAAAAUUUUUUUUUUGUAGUUUACGUUUAACAGAAAAUA